AUGUAUUCUCGAGACUUCGUUGAAGACACCAAAAGCGACACCGCGAGCAAUACAAGCGCCACGGACUCGGGCUUAGUAUGGCAGAUUGAUGGGCGACGCUCGCCUCGUGUUGCCAUCUCGCCGACCACAACUUCCAGCGCUGGCACGCACCCACAAGCGUUCCAACAACCCAACCUCUCCGCGCUGCAAACCGAAGGGCCUGACAAUGGCGACGCUCAUCUUGUCGAACCACUGCUCGAGGAUGAUCCGAGAUCGUUCGACCUCGUACCUGCAACGACCGGAGGGCCACAACGGGGCUACAACAUCGAGGAACGCGCUGCUCUCCUGACCAGUGGGCGUCACUUACAGACCAUCUUCGACGACCCACGGCUGUAUAAGAACUUCGUCAGCUGGAUACAGACAUAUCGACCUGGUAGCAUCCCGAGGUUGACCAACUAUCGUCAGGCCAAGAAAGCAAUCCAGGCGAUCAAGUAUUCGAAUGCGAUCACCAACAACAUGAUGGCUGUGGAGGGCCGAAGCUUCACUCAGGAGCGACCCGAGAUCACCGUCUAUCCUCACUUGGAGAAGCUAGCCAAAGGGACGUUUGAUGAAUUGGUCGCAGAGGACUUUCCAGCCUACAUCUGUUCGAUAUGGAUUCCCAUCAUCGCGGCGACCGUACACCAGCGCAUUAACGGUGCGCUUCCGGACAGCCUCAAACAAGCCAGUGAGGGCCUCGCCGAAGUCUUUUGCCUGACCGAUCCUCGACAAAAGGAUGAUCCCAUCGUUCUGGCCUCGAAGGAAUUCACGACGACCACUCAAUACGGAAUGAAUUUUAUCUGCGGCCAGAAUUGUCGUUUCUUGCAGGGCAGUGGCACUGAUCCGCUAGCCGUCAAGCGUGUACGUGAAGCUUUGAAAGCGAAACGCGAACAUUCGGAGUUGUUCCUCAAUUACCGUCGUGAUGGGAGCCCAUUCAUGAAUCUUUGCCUAUUGGUGCCGUUGACCGAUUUCGACGGCAACCUCAAAUACUUCCUGGGUGCACAGGUCGACGUCUCAGGUCUCCUUCGAAGCUGCGCUGGCUUCGAGAGCUUCGCGCGUACUGUACGAGAUAGCCAGGACGACGUUGACAACGACUUUGAAAGCAGCCGUCGCGGCUCCGUCCUCACCACAACCGCUGCAAUGAAUGCCGCAGGCGAAGAUUUCCGCGACCUGGCGGAAAUGCUCGACGGUGACGAACUCCAAACAGUGCGGCGGCAUGGCGGCGCCAUACAUCGCGGUGGCGAUUCUGCCGACUACGAUAGCGAUGACCGAACGCCCCGCCGCCGGCAUUACAGUGACGCUGCGAGCAUGUCAUCUGUGGUGUCAAACCGUCCGCGCAUGCUUCUUGUGGAUCGCAAUGAAGCGGCAUGGUCAACGAGGAACGUGCGUCCGCAUCGGAUAGGAGGUGGUGCUUUACAGUUCCUCCUCGUUCGUCCAGCUCCCAGCUUCAACAUCACAUUUACCUCCGCCACCAUGCGCGACGAGGAUGUCAUGCAGACCGAAUUUUUCCAGCAUAUCGGCGGCAGUGUGCGGGUCCGUGACGGACUGAAAGAUGCCUUGAGUCAGGGACACAAGGUCACCGCAAAAGUCCGCUGGAGUUCCCGAUAUCAUGACAUCGACGGGGAGUUGAGGUGGAUCCACUGCACGCCGUUGGUUGACUCGACCGGACGGAUCGGUGUUUGGGUCAUCAUGUUGAUUGACGAAUGA